UUUCAUAUCGAUCCAAUAUUAUUCAGUACGUAGUUCAAGAGAUAUAGGACUACUGAAGAUGAAAAUGUCUCGCACAGCAGCAGUUGCAGUUGUAGCCCUUGCGCUCCUCUCUGUGAGCUUCACAGGCCACUGUUAUGGCGGCGCCGGCGCACUUCAGGUGGGAUUUUACAAGGGAAGAUGUGGGUUUCUCGAUGUGGAGACUAUUGUAGCUAGUGUUGUCAAGGCUAGCCUUUUCAAGGACCCGACGAUUGCCCCCGCCCUCAUUCGCAUGCAGUUCCAUGACUGCUUUGUCAAAGGAUGUGAUGCGUCGAUUCUGCUAGAUGGGAGCUCCAGCGAGAAAACUGCACCACCAAAUCUAAGUGUGAGGGGUUAUGAUGUUAUCGACGCAGUAAAAGAGCAAUUGGAGAAGUUCUGUCCUGGCCUUGUCUCUUGUGCUGACAUAAUUUCCAUGGCUACCAGGGACGUCAUUUUCUUGAGUGGAGGAGGGAGAUACAACGUCCAAACGGGGAGAAGGGAUGGCUUUGAAUCCCUUGCCAUAAACGUUGAUCUUCCCAGUCCUACAUUAUCAGUGCCUCAGUCCAUUGCUGCAUUUGCUAGAAAAGGACUUACUGAUACAGACAUGGUUUAUCUUCUUGGUGGUCAUACCGUUGGUGUUACACACUGUUUCGUAAUCCAAGAUCGACUUUACAAUUUCCAAAGCACUGGGAAACCUGACCCGACCAUGGAUCCAUGGUUACUCACAACGCUAAGACAAAGGUGCCCCCAGAAUUCGACAGGCAGCAAUAGCAACAUCAUUAAUCUCGACCAGAAUCGCUUGAGUUCGUCCAUCGUUGAUAACUCGUUCUACAAGCAAAUCUUAGCCCACAGGGGUGUUCUCCAGAUUGAUCAAGAGCUAGCUUUAGAUCCACUCACCAGCGCCACCGUGUCAACGAUAGCCCGUUCGUGGGACUUCCGCAGCAAAUUCGGCCAAGCCAUGGUGAAGUUGGGAGCGGUCGACGUGCUUACUGGAACAGACGGGGAGAUAAGGAAAUCAUGCAGAGCCAUCAACAACCCCUUGUUUUAAUUAAUGCCAAGACACAUCAUGAAUCCUUAAUAUUUUGGUUUUUUUUUGCAUUUUGUUUGUUUUUUCUUAUAUUGGGUUAAUUAUUGUUCAUCUGGGUCGAUCAUUUUCAUCUUUAAUUUGUUUCCCUGUAAUUCUUUUGGGGUUAUUUUAUUUAAUUAUUUAUUAAUUUUUGAGGUUAUUUUAAUAA